ACUAUCUGUAGAUUUUUAUGGUAAACAGGUCAGGGUUUCUUUGUUGCUUGAAGAAAAUGUAUUUUAUUAAAAUAUUCCGUCAAUGAAAGAAGCUUGAAGUUAAUUCAGUGACUGCUUUAAGACAGAUUCAAACUCUAGUUCCUGAGUCUUUUUCAAUGACUCAUUAAAUGGAGCCGUUCACAAUUGUCAUUUGUUUGUGAAUCAGGCUGUACUGGUUGCACUCUGUAUUUGAUUCACUAAAAAGAAUCUGUUCACUAGAAUCAUUUUUCGUGCCUCCCGCCAGGACAGCUCAAUACAAUGACGUGUUUUCUUGGCUUUUGUUUCCUUUUCAUUUUGUCUUAUCACAAUAAAUUCUGCCUUUAAACUCGGAUACUUUAUUCGAAUAAACUUUAUUCGAAUAAAUCUGAUAGUGAAAAUAAAUGUGAUAAAGAUUAACUCAUUAAAGCUUGUAUACUGUUAAAAAUGUUCAGAAUCUCAUUUGAACAUCUCGAGCUGUUGUGACAACUAUCAUAUGACAUCAUAUUUAUAUGAAUAUAUUUGUCGAAUGCCACUGAAGAGAAAGGGUGUGUCCUUGAGAGAGAGAGAGAGGGAGAGAGAGAGAGAGAGAGAGAGAGAGAGCUUGUUGCUCUCUGAUGCUCGAGCCGCAGGUGAUGAUGGAUCGAUAGAAUGAAGAGCUGCUGCUCGCCUCUCGCGCCGUGUCUUUCACCUGUCCGCGCGCUCAGGGCUGGUCGGUGGCGCGCGCUCCUUUGAGGCGCUCAUUCCCCUCAGAGACGCGCUCGAGAGCGUGAGCGUGUUUUUCUCUUGCGCGCCAGGAAUAAAGCGAAGACUUCGGUUCGAUACUUCAGUUCAAUGAGGCUGUUCGUGAACUAUUGGAGUACUCCAGCAUCGCCACAGCAUCGUAGAGUAACGUUACUCCCCUCGCGUCAUGUCUCACUCUGAGAGAUGGGCAAGUUCGACGAGCACGAGAGGGUAAUCCUCAACGUCGGGGGCACGAGGCACGAAACCUACCGGACCACGCUGAAGACCCUGCCGGGCACGCGUCUGGCCCUGCUCGCCUCCGAGUCGGACCUCGAGUCGGUUCUGGACCAGCUGCAACAAGUCCCGGGCUUCAUAGAGUACAACGCGCGCAGCAACGAGUACUUCUUCGACCGGCACCCGGGCGUCUUCGCCUACGUGCUCAACUACUACCGGACCGGGAAGCUGCACUGCCCGGCGGACGUGUGCGGGCCGCUGUUCGAGGAGGAGCUGUCCUUCUGGGGCAUCGAUGAGACGGACGUGGAGCCGUGCUGCUGGAUGACCUACCGACAGCACCGGGAUGCUGAAGAGGCGCUGGAUGUGUUCGAGAUGAACGUGGACAACGACGAGGACGACGAGUACGGCAAGCGGCUGGGCAUUGAGGACGUGGUGUCCGCCGACGGCACCGUCAGCAGGUGGAGGAAGUGGCAGCCGGUCAUCUGGAACCUGUUCGAGGACCCGUACUCCUCUAGAGCCGCCCGGUUCAUCGCGUUCGCCUCCUUGUUCUUCAUCCUGGUUUCCAUCACAACCUUCUGCCUGGAGACCCACGAGGCCUUCAACACGAUCAUCAACAAGACGGACGUGUUUCGCAACGACAGUUUGACGGACCCCAGUCAGCAGUACGAGAUCGAGACGGACCCAGCGCUCACCUACGUGGAGGGAGUUUGCGUCCUCUGGUUCACCUUCGAGUUCCUGGUGCGCGUGACAUUCAGUCCGGAUAAGCUGGAGUUUGUCAAGAGCGUCCUCAACAUCAUAGACUUCGUGGCCAUUUUGCCGUUUUACUUGGAGGUCGGAUUGAGCGGACUUUCCUCCAAAGCGGCCAAAGAUGUUUUGGGCUUCUUGCGGGUGGUGCGGUUCGUACGCAUCUUGCGGAUCUUCAAGUUGACGCGGCACUUCGUGGGCCUUCGCGUACUGGGACACACUCUCCGCGCGAGCACGAACGAGUUCCUGCUCCUCAUCAUCUUCCUGGCGUUGGGCGUGCUCAUCUUCGCCACCAUGAUCUACUACGCCGAGCGGAUCGGAGCCAGUCCGAACGACCCUACGGCCAGCCACCACACUAUGUUCAAGAACAUCCCCAUUGGAUUUUGGUGGGCUGUGGUCACUAUGACCACUUUGGGUUACGGAGACAUGUACCCUCAAACGUGGUCCGGCAUGCUCGUGGGAGCGCUUUGCGCCCUCGCCGGCGUGCUUACGAUAGCUAUGCCGGUGCCCGUCAUUGUCAAUAACUUUGGCAUGUACUACUCGCUAGCCAUGGCCAAACAGAAGCUCCCCAAGAAGAGAAAGAAACACAUCCCUCAGGUUGUGCAGACAGGCUCGCCGUCGUACUGCAAAACGGAUCUGAGUACAGCAUGCAACAGCACGCAGGGAGAGCUGUGCCUCGGACAGAGCAGAGGACUAGAGCGCCACCGCUCAGUGUUGUCUGCGGACUGCAGCGCAGGAAGUGACAUCACAAUGUCUCCAGAGGAACGGAUACCCAUGCGUCACUCCAGUGUGCGGGAACAGGACCGUCACACCGAAGGCACGUGCUUCCUAUUGGCCGCCAGCGACUACACCUGCACAGCAGACGCAGCUAUUCGCAAAACAGCUACUGUAUCACCUCUGGCUGACGUACAGUUUAUAUCGGCCAGAGACGGGGAAGGCGGGGCCAGCAGAGACUCAGAUGGAUUUGAUGAAUUGGAUUGGACAGUCUGGAAUAGAAUAAGCCUGUGAUUGGAUGGUUCUGAAAGCGGAAAGCUCGCGUAUGGACAUCUCGAUCGAUCGGACUGCUCACGACCUUUGGAAAUUCCCAGUUAUUCUGUGUGGAAACAGACUGAAGCCAGCUGGCACAAAAAAAACAAAACAAAACAAAAAAAAAAUCAUGAAAUGGAUAGUGAAACGUUUCCUGCUUAGUCGGCUCUCCAUUUAAAUGUUCAUCUGUAUAAAGGACACACAUCCACCUGUGGCUUCCCUUCUGUGUCAGGUAGCAAAUCCAACACCCUCUCGAUUCCCUUUCCAAGGCCUCUGUCGUUGCAAUAAGUGUAUUAAGAUGUGUAGAGGCACAAGUGUUUAAAAAUGAAGUAUUGGUGUAUCGACUAUACUAAACUACAGAGUAGAGAGAGAGUAAACAUGAUAAGUUUAAUAAAUGUGACCUUCAGUCAUUAAUGCUUUUA